CUCAGUUUGCUGAAUUGAGCAGUCUCCAUGUCGUGGGUCCUUGGCGGCGACCGGUCGCUGCGGCGGCUCGUCAUCUUCUUCGUCUUCGCGGUGCUGAGCUAUCUCCUCGUGAACGCGCUCGCCUUCACGAUCUGGGUCUUCUGGGUUCUCAUCUCGUUCCUGCUGCAAGCGUGCCUCGCGCCGUGUCAAGCGGGCGGCUUCAAAGCCUUCUUCCACUCGUUCCUGCACGAAAACAUCUACACGGGCUUUCUCGAGUGGAUUUGCCGCUGGGAAAUCCGCGUCCGGAACGUCUACGAGGUUAAAAACUACGUCGACCCGUCGCGCCCGGUCGCGGUCGGCGCGUACAUUUGGCGCGUCGUCUUCUACUUUGUCUUAUGGAAGACGCUCGAGAGCUCCGUCUUUGGCUUUAUCAACCGCAUCAGCAUUACGAUCUACCACCCGCUCUACUUUGCCGACUCGGCGUCCAAUUGGGACUGGUCCAACGACUUCAACGCCACGGCCUUCAACGACACGAUCAUCGCGCCGGGCGACGACGACGACAUUCCGUACACGGGCGUGAGCUUGGCCUUUGUCACCAUCGGCGUUGUCCUCGGCACGAUCCUCGCAUUGCGCAUCCUUGCGUACAUCAUUUGCCGCGUCUGCUCGCUGUGCAUUGACCCGAUCUUCCGCCCCAAGUACAAGUACACGACGACCGACGUUGUCGCGCCGCCGCCAAGCAACGACGACAAGGUAUCUCGGUUCAUGCACAACGGAUACAUUCAGUUUGACGACUCGGCCCUGCGCGUCCCGCCGCAUGCGGUGCGCGGCGAAGGUGCGCUCGGCCUCACGAUUCAAAAUGGCGCUACCGAUUUCUACUGCAUUCCAGUGCCAGACCCGCCCGAGUUGACAGCCAAUACCAAGCCACCGCCGACGCCGAUCCCGCUGCUGGAGAGCAUCUCAACAGCGAACCCACGUGCCAGCAUCGAGCAUCGCGAGGACGCAAAGCGGCAACGACUCGUACACACCGAGUCGUCAAGUAACUAUGCCCGGCAAUCGUCGAUGAUGACGCUCCUCGAAGCCCCCGAGCCAAUCGAUGCGCCAAUCCGGAAUCUCGUCGUCGCACCUGCUACCCAAGCGACCAACUACGACCCGUUCCCAGCGUCCUUCGAAGCGCCGCGAUCUGGCAUCUACCGCAGCAUCGACGUGCCUUCCUUUCAAGAGACAACGGCCAAUCUCACCGUGUUGGCCGACUAUGACGUACUCUCGCCGACCAACCGCAAGUCGCAGUCGUUCCAGCUACCACGCAUCUCACGCGCGAUCGACCAGACCAUCUCGGCUCGACCAGCAACGGUCGACCCGGUGCACUUUUCAGCAUUUUGCCCGCCGGUCGUCAGCACCAGUGUCUUUACCUUCUCCAUCUGGGCCUUCCUCGUCCACCAGCGCGACGAGAUGCGCGAAGAAGCGACAAAGCUAACCGAUGGCGCCAAACAGCUCUCGCGCGAGGUGCUCAUGCACGUCCGCCGCGGCGCGCGUGUGCACGUGACGCUGUCGACGUACGAAGAGAUCGCGUACGACGAGCUCGAGAUGAAGAACCUUGUGGGUCGAGGCAACUUUGGCGACGCGUACCGCGCUCGGUACCGCGGCCAGGACGUCGUGGUCAAGACGCUCCGGCCGAGCGAGUUUGGCGACAACCAAGACCAGAUCGUGCAAGAGUUUCGGCACGAAGCCGCGGUGCUGUCGCUCUUUGGGCACCAUCCCAACAUUGUGCCGUUUGUGGGUGCGUGCACAGACCUCUCGCAGCCGCUGAGUCUCGUGACCGAGUACCUUCCGUUUGGGAGUCUCGAAGACCAGCGUUCCCAGUUGAGUGCGGCGCAGAAGCAGCAGAUUCUCAAGGGUGCGGCGUCCGGCUUUCUGAACAUGCACGAAGGUCGGUUCAUCCAUCGCGACAUUGCAGCCCGCAACUGCCUCGUGGACGCGAAUCUUAACGCCAAAGUGUGCGACUUUGGCAUGUGUCGGCGCGUCGGCGCGGUGGGCGGCAGCUACUUUGCGCACGGGACGGGGCCGCUCAAGUACAUGGCGCCCGAGUCGCUGACGCCGCCACACGCUUUUUCGUACCAGUCGGACGUCUACUCGUUCGGCGUCUUGAUCUGGGAGACGUACCACGGCGUGAGUCCGUUUGUGGGUCUGAACGGUACCGAGGCAGCAGCGCGCGUCUUGUCGGGCGACCGAUUGGCACUCUCGGAGGCGAUUCCGCUGCAUUUGCAAGACCUCGUGACGCAGUGCUUUCGCGACGACCCGUCCAAGCGGCCGAGCAUGGCGCAGGUGCUGCUGGCACUCGAGUGACAAGUUACCGUCCUGCCGUAUUUAAUACUAACGUUAGUUAGCUUUGGCUUUUCGUGGUGUGAGGUGCAGUCAUGC